UUGGAACUGAAAGGCAGCUCAGAUGGGCACUGAUAUGUGGCAUUGAUGUGCACUGGUAGGCCCUGAUAUGUGGCAUUGAUCCAGGGGCGGACUGACAACUCAUGGGGCCCCCGGGCAAUAGGAGAUCAUGGGGCCUCUGUGUCCUUGCCAAACUCAAAAAAGCCUAUGAAAAAGGUACCAGGGGCAUUUCAUGGGGCCCCCUACUGACCCCAGGCCCUCGGGCGGUACCUGAGUUUCCAAAUGUUCAGUUCGCCCCU